UCAUAUCUAUAUGUACUGAAGAAAACCCCAAAUAUUCCCUCUUUGCCUCUUUCUCUCUCGCUUUUUAUCUAGGGCUAAUCUCCACACAUAUAGAUACAUACAUAUAUAUAUAAUAUAGUUAUAGUUAUUGUAUCUACAUAUACAUACAUCUGUAUCUGUUUUUAUCAGACGAAACCCUAACCCUAACUGAUAUUUUAUUGGCGGCCAAUUUCCUUGAUAAGGUUUGAUCAGGAUUCUGAUUUGAUGAUUUUGAUAUAAAUUUAAGUGGAAGUGUGAUUCGGAUUUAAAUCGGUGUUGGAACGAAAAGGUGGGAUGGAACCGGAGGUGGUUAAGCGUAGAGGAAGGAAGAGGAAAAGGAAGGAUGGGGAUGAGGGGGAUAAGACGGUGAAUAAAGCGGCGAAGGGGAAUAAGAAUGUGAAGAAAGCAGGGGUGGUUCCGCCGAGGUCGAAGGUGUUUAUUGGGAAGUAUGUGAAGAAGGAGUUUGAUGAGAGUGGUGAGUUUCUUGGGAAGAUUGUUUCAUAUGAUAGUGGAUUAUAUAGGGUUGAUUACGAAGAUGGAGAUUGUGAGGAUUUGGAGAGCAAAGAAUUGAAGAAGUAUCUUGUUGAGGAGAAGGAUAUGGAUAGUGCUUUUCAUAGGAGAAAGAAGGGGUUAGAUGAACGUGUAAGGAAGAAGUACGGGACGGUUGAAUUGGAAGGUGUUGGUGAUAAGGCUGAAACCACAGGCAACGAUGCUGUAGCUGGUAAUAAGGUUGAAACCUCAGGUAAAGAUGCUGUAGCUGGUAAUAAGGUUGAGACUGUGGGAAAAGAUGUUGUAGUGGGUCCUAAGGUUGAAAUCAUGGGAAAUGAUGGUGUUGAAGUAGGGAAUGUUAGUAAGGUUGAAACGGUGAGAAGUGACAGCUGUGCAGUUGAUAAUGGUGUUGAAUUAGCUAAUGUUGAAAAGAUUGAGAGUUCUAUUCGUGGUGGUGCGUUUGAAGUUAGUGGAGCUCAAGAUGAAGUUGAUAGUGAAUCAUCUAGCGACUCAAGUGAUGAUGAGCCGUCUGGUAAUGUGGUUGAGGUUGAAAGUCCUCCACUUCCACCGCCACCACAGUUGCCACCUUCUUCGGGCAACUUUGGGAUUCCAGAGGAAUAUGUGUCGUAUUUGCUUUCUGUAUAUAGCUUCUUGCGCUCAUUUAGUGUGUGUUUGUUUCUAAGCCCUUUUGGACUUGAUGAGCUUGUUGGCGCUCUCAAUAGUACUGUCAAUAAUACACUUCUGGAUGCCAUUCAUGUUUCUCUUAUGCGUGCUUUGAAGAGUCACGUGGAAGCCUUGUCUUCGGAAGGUUCGGAGGUUGCAUCAAAAUGUGUCAGAAGCAUGGAUUGGAGCUUGCUUGAUUCAUUAACAUGGCCAAUGUUUGUAGUCCAGUAUCUUAUGACUAUGAGAUACGCAGAAGGGGAGGAAUGGAAAGAUUUCUAUGUUAACGUGUUGGGAAAAGAUUAUUAUACUCUAUCUGCGGGUAGAAAGUUAAGAGUUCUUCAGAUUUUGUGCGAUGAUGCAUCAAAUUCUGCAGAACUACGGGCAGAAAUAGAUAUGCGUGAAGAAUCUGAAGUUGGCCUUAAUACUGAUGAAGUUCUUGUAGUCCCUGAUAUAAGUAUCCCAAUCACUAGAAGAGGCCGCCCCCCUAAGAACCCUUUCUUUAAGGAUCAGGAAGCUGUAAAAGAUAAUCCUGAAAUACAUGCGAGAGCAAUGUCUUCUACAGCUAAUGCUGUUGUUUCCAAAGCUACUGGAUCACAUGCUAGCGUUGAUGUCGAUGAGGAUGGUAAUGGGGAUGAAUGCAGGCUAUGUGGCAUGGAUGGGACUUUACUGUGCUGCGAUGGAUGUCCAUCUUCAUACCAUUCCAGAUGUAUUGGGGUAAUGAAAAUGUUUAUUCCUGAAGGGGAAUGGUAUUGUCCUGAGUGUAUCAUUAACAGAGGCGGCCCAAAGGUUACCAAGACAACGUCUUUGAAAGGAGCUGAAUUUUUUGGCGUUGAUCCUUAUGAGCAAGUGUUUUUGGGCUCCUGUGAUCAUUUACUCGUGAUGAGAACCUCGAGAAGUUCAGAACUACAUAUCCGAUACUAUUCUCCAGCCGAUAUUCAAAAAGUCGUGCAUGCGCUUACCUUUUCUGCUGAGCACAGGACUUUAUACUUGAAGAUAUGCAAGGGUAUUUUGCAAUAUUGGGAAGUUCCUGAACAAAUUUUAUAUAUUAAUGACUCAGUUAGUACAGAUAAAAAUCACUUGAUCAAGGAUGGUGAGAAUUCAACUUCCUCUGCUUCGCUGUCUAAGGAAAGCAGUGAUACUCCAAAUGUGAUCGAUACUGGAAAUGCCAAUGGUGUUGCUGAAUAUUACACAACCGUUGCAGUUGCUUCUUGUCCAGAAGAAAUCCCUAAAGGGGAGUUAGGGUUUGGCAAUCCAUCUUUGACUGGACCUGCUACAUGUGUUUCUGAAAAUGGCAAUUGCAAUAUUAAUAGCAACAUGAGCAGCGCUUGUAAUUUAUCAAAUAUGUCCUCUCACAAGAAUGAAGCAAAUCUGGCUAUUCUGUCAUCUGAAGAAAAGUUGUACAUGGAUUCAAAGUUGUACAUGGGUUCAUCUUUUAAACCACAGACAUACUUAAAUGUGUACAUCCAUGGGGAUUUUGCUGCAUCAGCUGGUGCUAGUCUUGCUAUUUUAUCAUCUGAAGAAAAGCUAGGUUCUCAAGCUCAACCUUCAAGCAACCAUAGGAAAUUUAUGUCUGCUAAUUUCUCACUUCAAGCAAAAGCAUUUUCGCUUGCCGCCAAACGUUUUUAUUGGCCAAAUUAUGAAAAGAAACUUGUUGAAUUUUCAAGGGAAAGAUGUGGUUGGUGUCUUGCUUGCAGAGCUACUGUCAGUAGCAAAAAAGGGUGCUUGCUGAAUGCAGCUGCCGCAAAUGCCAUUAAAGGUGCUGCUAAGAUACUUUCCUCGCUGAGCCAGUCAAAAAUUGUUGAAGGCAGUCUUGCUUCUAUAGCAACUUAUCUCAUGUACAUGGAAGAGAGUUUUUGUGGUCUAACAGUCGGGCCAUUCCUAAAUGCAAGAUAUAGAAUUCAAUGGCGUAAACAAGUGGAGGAAGCUUCAACUUUGGGUGAAAUAAAGGCCUACUUGCUUGAAUUUGAGAGAAACAUCCGUGACAUUGCCUUUUUAGCGGAUUGGGUUAGGCUUGUAGAUGAUAUGGGAAUCGAAAAUCAAGCUACUCAAAGUGUUAAAAGUGUGGUAGGAUCAACUCAAAAACGCGGACCGGGUAGGCGUGGCCGAAAAUCAUCUAUUAUAGUAACCGAAAUGAAUGAUGCUGAAGCGGAAGAUGUAUCUACUGACUUUGCUUGGUGGCGAGGUGGUAUGCUUUCAAAACACAUAUUUCAGAAAGGGAUAUUACCACAGAUGCUGGUUAAGCAUGCUGCUCGAAAGGGUGGUUGUGGAAAAAUAAGUGGGGUGCAAUACCUUGAUGGCCUUGAGGUACCAAAAAGAAGCAGACAGUUUCUCUGGCGAGCUGCGGUGGACAUGAGCAAGACUGCAUCACAGCUUGCUCUUCAGGUUAGAUACCUGGACCUCCAUUUGAGAUGGAAUGAUCUUGUUUGUCCUGAACAGCCUCUUCAGGACGGAAAAGGACCAGAGGCAGAGGCUUCUGCUUUUAGGAAUGCUUGUAUUGUUGAUAAGAGAACUUUGGGAAACAAAAUCACAUAUGGUGUUGUUUUCGAGAAUCAGAAGCAUCUUCCUUCUCGUGUACUAAAGAAAGUACUGGAAAUAGAGGAAACUAUGGAUAAAACUGAGAAAAACUGGUUUGUUGAAAUGCACAUUCCAUUAUAUCAAAUCAAAGAUUAUGAGAUGAGAGUGAUGAAAACAAUUAUGCCGACGGCCGAUAAGCAUGUGAGCUCGUUAUCCAGAUUGCGUAAGAAGCAGCUAAUGGCUUCUGGGAAAGAUAUAUUUUCUUUUCUGUCACAGAAGAGGGAUACUUCAGGGAUAUGUUUUUGUAAUUUCUGUCAACUUGAAGUUCCAUUCAGGAUUGCUGCAAGAUGCGUUGCAUGCCAAGGUUACUGUCAUGAGCAGUGUGCCAUUGGUUCAAAUAUCCAAAUAUCAGGACGUCUUGAGUUCUCAAUCACCUGCAAACGUUGUUACGUUGAAAAAGAUGUCACUCCUAAAAAUGAAAUUGUUGGCGAUUCUCCGACUAGUCCUUUACUCUUGCAAGGACAAGAAAGUCAACAUACGACAACAGUAAUUAAUGCAGGGACACAAAUUGGUUUUGAGAAGCCGCUAGAAUAUUCAAAUCAAUCGCUUAAGAAGAAUCUUAAAUCCAAUCAAUCCAAAAUCAGUAAAAGUGGAAAGCAAAAUGGUUAUAGGCGUCCGUUAGAAUCUUUUGACCAAUCAUCUGUGAGGAAGCAAUCAACUAAGAAUUUUAGUACGAGUUCAAAAAAGAAGAGCAGUAAGAGUAGGAGCCUUAGCAACAAGUUAUGUUUGGGCUUGAUUUGGAAGAGGAGGACCGUAGAGGAAACAGGAGAGGACUUCAGAAAAAACAACUUGAUUUUGAAGAACAGUCCGGAUGGGUAUUUAGUAGCACCUAAGUGUCACCUUUGCGCAAGACCGUAUAACUCUGAUUUGCUGUAUAUUCGGUGUGAGAAAUGCAAUAACUGGUUUCAUGCUGAAUCCGUUGAGCUGCAGGAGUCAAAGAUCGGGGAAUUGUACGGUUUUAAAUGUUGUCGGUGUCGCAGGAUACGGAUACCUAUCUGUCCUUAUACAGAUCCAGAAGAACGAGUGAAAUUGGAGGCAAGGAAGGCGGCCCUGGCAAAGUUUCCAAAGCAGAAGAAUUUGGAAUCAGAUUCCUAUUCUGACUCUGAAUUUAAUGAUGAACAAUUGAACGAUUGGGAUCUUGAUGUUACUACUCCACUCUUUGACUCGGAGGAGGCCGCAAAUGUUCAAGAAGAAUAUCCCUAUUAUUCUUUUCCAACAGUUGACCAAGUUAACGAUUACAAAGCUGAUGUGAAAUUUGAACCUAGUACUGAUGCAGGUCCAGUUUCUGGACCUGGCCUCGUGUCUAAGAAGUUACCUGUCAGGAGGCAUAUAAAAUCUGAAAAGGGAUCAGAGGAACUUUCAGCCAUUAAUCCUGCUUUUGAAAUUCCACAGACUUAUCUGGGAAACAAUCUGAAACUGGAAGGGGACUCUUCAACUCCUAUUGUGGAAUGGGACGUUUCUACAAACGUGGUCGAAGAUGAUAUGAUGUUUGACUAUGGGGAUCUUAAUUAUGAAGAUAUGGAAUUUGAACCACAGACUUAUUUCUCUUUUAAUGAGCUGCUUGCCAGUACUGAUGAAGGUGUCCCAGUAGAUAAAGGGGACCAGCAUGGAGCUAUGCCGGAGAAUCUUGUUCACCUAUCUGCUCCAUCAACAGAGGAUUUCAAUGUUGAGCAGUACCAAAUGGGCAUAACCUAUGGUCAACAAGAACCUAUGUUUUCUGUAGAAUCUGGACUUGAUAUGGUACCUUGUAAGAUCUGUUCAAUGGCGGACCCAUGCCCAGACUUGUUCUGCCAGAACUGUGGUCUAUGGAUCCACCAGGUUUGCUCACCAUGGGACGAGGACUCAUCUUGGGAGCCCGAGACUGGUUGGAAAUGUGGCAACUGUCGAGAGUGGAACUAGUAGUUUUUCAUAUCCAUCAGGACAAUAUCACCUUUUUGUACAUAGCUGGUCACGGAAAAAGGUGGUGGUUUUGAGUGUAUGUGGUGGUAAAGUUCCGGGGUUCUGGGAAUCUGGUGUAUCAUUCUUGAUCUUGUCAUCUUGAAGUUCCCAAAUGUGUAUGGUUAUUUAGAUCUGGCAUUACUUGGAGUUGCAAAACUUUUAUUUUUAUAUACUAGUAUUCCCUGUGGUUUUGUGGGGAAAUUUAUACCAUUUUCAUAGCUAUGUGAUGGUGUAGCUGAGGCAUGAUAGAUAAGCGGCAUUUUUUUUUAUUGCUUAUAUGUAUUGAUUUGUUGGUUGGUUCGCUCUGUAACUUAAAGGUUCUCUUUUAUCAGUAACCGGAAUCAGUAAAUUUAUGUUGCAAACUAGUGUUCUGAGA